AGUGAGGCAAGUUGUAGCGGGCACCGCUGAGCCUGUUUCCCUUUGUGGCACUUUUUUAUCCAGGAGCUGAAUUUAGUUUCUUCUGAAGUGAACCACUUCACCCCCUCCUCCUGAAUAAGGAAGCAGUCUUCAAGCAUCAGCGGAGCCCCGAUGAGCCCAGGCCGUGGAGCCGCUUAGCAGUCUCCUGGGACACUGCUCUGGAGGAGCCGAAAGCAUGCACCCUGGGUUGUGGCUUCUCCUGGUUACGUUCUGUCUGAGAGAGAAACUUGCAGGAGCGGGACAGAAGAAAUCCUAUGGAAAGCCAUGUGGAAGCCAAGACUGCAGUUGGGGCUGUAAGUGCUUUCAUGAAAAAGGAGUGCGAGGGCGACCAGGACUAAUUGGAAUUCAAGGUCCAACAGGUCCUCCAGGAUUUGCUGGCCCUAGUGGUUUAUCAGGGUUCAAAGGAGAACGUGGCUCCCCAGGCCUUCUGGGAACAUACGGACCAAAAGGAGAUAAGGGUCCCAAGGGAGUUCCUGGCUUUCUUGGCAUCAAUGGGAUUCCGGGCCACCCUGGACAGCCAGGGCCCAGAGGCCCACCUGGCAUGGAUGGCUGUAAUGGAACUCAAGGAGCUAUUGGAUUUCCAGGCCCUGAUGGCUAUCCCGGGUUUCUUGGACCACCUGGGCUUCCUGGUCAAAAAGGAUCUAAAGGUGAACCUGCCCUUACCCAAGGUAGUUUCAAAGGAAUGAAGGGGGAUCCUGGGCUGCCCGGACUAGAAGGAAUCACUGGCCCACGAGGAACACCCGGCUCUCCGGGAGCUGUAGGACCUAUAGGAUCACCAGGAUUUCAAGGUCCUCCAGGUCCCCCUGGUCUUCUUGGUCUUGACGGGAAUAUGGGGUUAGGUUUCCAAGGAGAGAAAGGAGACAAGGGGGAUGUUGGCCUCCCUGGCCCUGCAGGACCCCCACCAUCUAUCGGAGAACUGGAAUUUAUGGGAUUUCCUAAAGGGAAGAAAGGAUCUAAGGGUGAACCAGGACUUCAAGGUGCCCCAGGAACCAGUGGCCCUACAGGUUUCCCGGGAUUUGGAGCUGCAGGAGAAAAAGGAGAAAAGGGAAUUCCUGGUUUGCCAGGACCUAGGGGUCCCAUGGGUUUAGAAAGAGUUCGUGGACCUCCAGGGAGUCAGGGCAAGAAGGGGUCCUCAGGUCUCCAUGGGCUUAAUGGAUUGCCAGGAAUUAAGGGCGAAAAGGGUGUUGUUGGCCUGCCAGGCCCAGAUGUUUACAUCGAUAUAGAUGGUGCUGUGAUCUCAGGUUAUCCUGGAGACCCCGGUAUGCCAGGCCUCCCAGGACUUAAAGGUGAUGAAGGCAUCCAGGGCCUGCCUGGCCCUUCUGGCAUCCCUGGAUUACCAGCUUUACCAGGUAUGUCAGGUGCCCUAGGGCCCCAGGGAGUCCGAGGCCUGAAAGGGAACAAAGGAAACAGAGGCCGUACCACACUUGGGGCAGCUGGCCUUCCUGGAAAAAAAGGUUUGCCAGGCCUGCCAGGCCUGCCAGGCCUGCCAGGCCCACCUGGUCCAGCAUUUGAGCCCGAAACCUUACAGAACACAGAGCCAGGAUUUCCUGGUCUCCAAGGAGAACGAGGUCCGAAAGGAAACCAAGGCCUCAAAGGAAUAAAAGGGGACUCGGGAUUUUGUGCUUGUGAUGGUGGUAUCUCCAACACUGGACCACCCGGGGAGCCAGGUCUGCCUGGGCCACCAGGUCACAUAGGCCUUCCAGGACUUAAAGGAUCCAGAGGAGAUCCAGGCUCUAGAGGCACACAAGGCCCAUCAGGGUCUCCAGGUUUGUUUGGGUCUCAAGGUCCUACAGGUCUCAAAGGCGAGAAAGGGGAAUCAACGUCCAGUACAAGAUCAGGGAUGCCAGGGGAGCAGGGUGAUCCUGGCCCCCAGGGACUCCCUGGUGAGACAGGAAUACCAGGCAAGGACGGAAUACCAGGUUUACUAGGCCUGCCAGGUGUUCCGGGUGAGGCUGGACAGGGGUUCCCAGGUGAAAAGGGGUUCCCAGGGCUUCCUGGUGAAAAAGGUCACAGUGGUUCACCCGGCUUCCCAGGAAUUGGGCUACCAGGACCUCCUGGACCUCGUGGAAUUCCUGGAGACCAAGGAAUAGGUGGAUUACCAGGGAAACCAGGCCUCCCUGGGCCUCCAGGUAUCACCUUGCCUUGUAUUAUUCCUGGUUCGUAUGGUCCAUCAGGAUUCCCUGGAGCUCCCGGAUUCCCAGGCCCUAAAGGGGCCCGUGGCCUCCCUGGGACUCCAGGUCAGCCUGGAUCGCGUGGAAAUAAAGGAGAAUCUGGAAGUCCAGGAUCAUUUCACCUCCCUGAAUUGCCAGGAUUUCCUGGACCUCGUGGGGAGAAGGGCUUGCCUGGGUUUCCUGGGCUCCCUGGAAAAGAUGGCUUGCCUGGAAAAGUUGGCAAUCCAGGUUUACCAGGUUCCAAGGGAGCCCCUGGUGACAUCUUUGGUGCUGAAAAUGGUGCUCCGGGGGAGCAAGGUCUACAGGGAUUGCCAGGGGACAGAGGAUUUCCUGGAGACUCUGGCCUUCCAGGACCCAAGGGUUCGUCUGGGAAGUCGGGCUUGCUAGGUCCCAAAGGUGAGCAGGGCAGCCCUGGAACACCAGGCCACAUGGGACAGCCAGGCACCCUGGGGACUGUUGGUUUACCCAGCAUCAAGGGCAAGCCAGGGCUGCCAGGAGCACCAGGCUUUCCAGGAAUUCCAGGACAUCCUGGAAAGAAAGGUCCGAAAGGUGAAGCAGGCUCCCCUGCAUCAACUGGAAAGAGCGGUCUGCCUGGGCUGAAAGGCCUUCCUGGAUCUCCAGGGUUAAUUGGCUCCCUGGGGAACUCAGGGUUGCCAGGGGACACUGGGCUGCCAGGGCUGCCAGGUCUGAAGGGUGAGAAGGGGUCUGUUGGACUGAAAGGUUUUCCAGGGUUGCCAGGUCUCCCUGGUAUUCCUGGUACAAGUGGAUUAAAGGGAAUUCCUGGGUCGGCUGGAAAAGUGGGACCACCUGGACAGGCAGGGAGUCCUGGUGAAAAAGGAGACAGAGGCAACCCGGGGCCUGUCGGAAUUCCCAGUCUAAGACUUCCGAUGUUGAACCUCCAGUUCAAAGGAGACAAAGGCUCUCGAGGCUCACCUGGAUUGGAUGGAUUUCCUGGACCCAGAGGUAAGAAAGGAGAGGCUGGCCUCCAUGGGCCACCAGGCUUGCCUGGAGCUCCUGGAUUCCCCAGUACCAUCAAAGGACUUGUUGGGAGACCGGGCUCCCCUGGCUCCACAGGGCUACGGGGCUUACCCGGCAUGAAAGGCUCCUCUGGAAUCUCCGGCUUCCCAGGAACACCAGGAGAAAGUGGGUUGCAGGGUCUCCAUGGAGCUCUUGGUCCCCCAGGAGCAUCUGGCAUCCCAGGUUCAAAAGGAGACCACGGCCAGACACCUGGACUUCCUGGUAGCCCAGGACCAAAGGGACAACCUGGGGAACCCGGCUUGAAAGGCAUGAAAGGAAAAGCUGGACCAAUUGGUGAUACAGGUUUUCCUGGAAUUAAAGGAGACGAUGGGGAAGUUGGUAUUCCUGGAGAUGUUGGCCUUCCUGGCUCCCCAGGAUUUCCUGGGAUGGCAGGCAUGAGAGGAAAUCCAGGGCUUCCAGGUUCUCCAGGCCACCCAGGGUCACCUGGACCCCUGGGGCCACCUGGCCUAAUAGGAAGUAAAGGUUAUCCUGGAGUUCUUGGUUUGCAUGGAUUAAAUGGGCUUCCAGGAACCAAGGGUACUCCUGGAGCUCCAGGACCCAGUAUAACUGGUGUGCCAGGGCCAGCUGGCUUGCCUGGUCCCAAAGGAGAAAAAGGUUCUCCAGGAAUUGGCACUGGAGCCCCAGGCAAGCCAGGCGUGAAAGGACAAAAAGGUGGCCGAGGUUUCCCAGGUCUCCAGGGCCCUGCUGGUCUCCCUGGUGCCCCAGGCCUCUCCUUGCCCUCAGUCGUAGCAGGACAGCCUGGAGACCCUGGGCGACCAGGGCUAGAUGGAGAACGAGGCCGUCCAGGCCCUCCGGGGUCCCCAGGUCCCCCUGGGCCAUCCUCCAAUCAAGGUGACCCUGGAGACCCUGGCUUCCCCGGAAUUCCUGGUCCUAAGGGGCCCAAGGGAGACCAAGGAAUUCCAGGUUUCUCUGGCCUCCCUGGAGAGCUGGGACUGAAAGGCAUGAGAGGUGAGCCUGGAUUCAUGGGGACUCCAGGCAAGGUUGGCCCACCUGGAGACCCAGGAUUUCCCGGGAUGAAGGGGAAGGCAGGCCCAAGAGGCUUUUCUGGGCCCCCAGGUACUCCUGGCCAAACACCAAUUGCAGAAGCCAUCCAAGCUCCUCCUGGACCCAUGGGUCUACCGGGCAUCGAUGGCACCCCUGGUCUCAUGGGGGAUCCUGGAGUUCUAGGCCCUGUAGGCCUACAAGGCUCCAAAGGUUUACCUGGCAUCCCUGGCAAAGAUGGCCUGAGUGGGCUCCCCGGCCCUCCUGGGGCUCUUGGCGAUCAUGGUCUCCCUGGACUGCAAGGCCCUCCAGGAUUUGAAGGACCUCCAGGAAAACAGGGCCCCUUUGGAAAGGCUGGACUGCCUGGACAGAGUGUGAGAGUGGGCUACACCUUGGUGAAGCAUAGCCAGUCAAAACAGGUGCCCCUGUGCCCCGCUGAGAUGACCCAGCUGUGGGUGGGUUACAGCUUGCUGUUCAUCGAGGGGCAGGAGAAAGCCCACAACCAGGACUUGGGGUUUGCUGGCUCCUGCUUGCCCCGCUUCAGCACCAUGCCCUUCAUCUACUGCAACAUUAAUGAAGUGUGCCACUAUGCCAGGCGCAAUGAUAAGUCCUACUGGCUCUCUACCACCGCCCCCAUCCCCAUGAUGCCCAUCGGCCAGACCAAGAUCCCCCAGUACAUCAGCCGCUGCUCUGUGUGUGAGGCACCCUCGCAAGCCAUUGCUGUGCACAGCCAGGAUAUCACCAUCCCACAGUGCCCCCUGGGCUGGCGCAGCCUCUGGAUCGGGUACUCCUUCCUCAUGCACACUGCUGCUGGUGCAGAGGGUGGAGGCCAGUCUCUGGUCUCACCUGGCUCCUGCCUAGAGGAUUUUCGCGCCACUCCUUUCAUUGAGUGCAGUGGUGCCCGGGGUACCUGCCACUACUUUGCCAACAAAUAUAGUUUCUGGCUGACGACAGUGGAGGAGAGGCAACAGUUUGGGGAGGAACCUGUACCGGAAACAUUGAAAGCCGGGCAGCUCCACAAGCGAGUCAGCCGCUGCCAGGUGUGUAUGAAAAGCCUGUAGUGUGGCCCCUGCCACUCAGCCCCUUGCUGUCCCUUCACCCACACAAUGGUCACCUCACAAAACUGAACCAUCUGAAGAAGGAAGGCGUAAGCCCAUUUUGCUACCUGGCAAGUUGUCUAUUGGAGUCUCAUUUGGGCUGCACUACUGGACACUGAUCACCCCAACCCUCAGGACCAAUGGGUGAUUCCACCCCGCUGACAUCUGCUAAACCAUUUCCAUCAACCUGGUGCUACUGUUUGAUUCGGAUGUUUGUGUGACUAUUCACGGCUACCUCAGAAAAACCUGCUGGGCUGCCAGUUUCUUAGACUGCUACCUUUCCUUGCCAUCUUGAUCACAAAGUGUUUCUAUACUAGCUAAGUCAUCUGUUUAUGUCCAGAGGUCACCACGCAUUAUUUAGCUUAAACCAGAACCCAGUGUUUCCACAUGAAAAAAAAAUUAUCUAGCUAAGCAUUCAUGGAUGACUCAAGUCUGCAUAGAGCAAGCCCUCAUCCUUUAAGGAAACCCACAGUGUCUAGGCAGGCAGCAGACCUGGAAUGAGGUGACAGCCAAUAGCCCAGGAUGAGUUCUGACUCCUUUGAGAGUGGGCACGACUGGGCUCCAUAUUGCUUAGGGAAGUUUGAAGGCCAGAAACCAAGAAGGGUUCAUUAACCUCAUAUGGUCCUAGACAAAUCACAUCCUCCUUGCCAGCUCCCUCCCAGGCAGAGACCUAUGACUUCGCCUGGUCCAAAGUAGAGUAGAGGAUGCAUCAAAUGUGUCCGGGCUCAUAAAGGGAAAUGAGAACUACAGCCAUUUCUCCCAGGUCAGGGGUAGAGAGGUGGGUGGGUAAGAAGCGUGAAUUUUACUUCAAACUCCAGGAUAAAAAAGGUAAAUCUCUUGUUCCAAUUUCUCAGAAGUCCCUGUUUAAUCUAAUGAAAUUCAGAUGUGUGUAAUGUGGCAAAUAAAAGGUGCAGUUUGUUGAUUCCUUUGCAUUUUGAG